AUGGACAUGGAGCAAAGUAGUCUGAAAUUAUUAAUUAUAUGUUCCUACGAAGGUGAGCAUCAUGUAAUUCGUUUAGAAGAGGGCACCACGCUGGAGGAUCUUUACCGGAAUAUAUCGAAAAGAUGGAAUAAAGUGAGUAUUGAGGCGGUAAAACUCCAAUAUAUUGCACCUAUUCAGAAAAGCUACGUGACGUUAUUGUGUGACGAUGAUGUCGCCAAUAUGUGGAGAAUGCAUAUCUUGUUAAAGGUAAUGUUUGUGGAUAUGAUUGCACGGUGUAGAAGCGAGCACCAGAGCGUGCCUCUCCGAAGCACGGUUGGACGCAGGGGUGAGGCCGAAUGUUCGGGAUUGAACGAAGAUUGCGCAGAUGGUAUCUUUAUUCCCGACGAAAGUACUAGUCUAAUUGCAAUGCAGAGAUGCAUUGUCGGGGAAGGUCAGACAUUCAAGGGACCGCAGGAGUUUAGAAAGUUACUGAAGAAUUAUUCUAUUGCCACUCAGAAACACUUCAGGUACCAAAAGAAUGAUUCGAGCAAAAUUAUUGCGGUGUGCAUCGACAAAGGCUGUGGUUGGCGUAUUUAUGCAUCCUUCUAUGCUCGUGAUGCAUCAUUCAGCAUUCGUAAGUGCAAUUUACAUCACACAUGUACUAUGAGUCUAUUGCAAUCAAGAGAUCAUCCAACAGCCGAUGCGAACUGGAUUUCUGAGGUCUACAAAGAUAAGAUACGUUCUAUGCCAGCGUAUAAGGCAUCCGACAUCCGGGAGCAUAUCCAAACAGAUUAUGGGAUUGACGUGAAAUAUCAUAAAGCAUGGCGUGGCAAGGAGAAUGCGAUAAGGGCAAUUAAUGGUGGAGGUAGAGACAGUUUCUCACAACUUUCGUGGUACUGUCAUGCACUUCGGGAGUCAAAUCCGGGAAGUAUUAUAGACUGCGAAGUUGAGCAGGCAACCAAACGUUUCCAGCGCCUUUUUGUUUGUUUAGGUCCAUGCCGGCUGGUUGUGUCUACGGAAAAUGAUGAAAAUUGGGAGUGGUUUUGCUGGAAGCUGCGAUCCGUUUUAGAAUGUGAGGUACGUACGGAUUGGAAACAGUACACAUUCUUCUCGGAUCGGCACUCGGGUUUACUAAAGUCAAUCUCGUGCGUCUUUCCCGGAGCACAUCAUGCGUACUGUCUCCGACACUUAGUGGACAACUUCCGUACCCAGGUUAUGCGGAGAUACCCAAUGCAUAAUAAGAAACGAUGGACCGCUGUCUUCAAUAAGGCCGCCUAUGCUCCGUUGAGGAGAGAUUUCGAAAACCACAUUAGUUCUGUGGUCGAAUCAAUGCCAUUGGCCAGGGACUUCAUUACCCAAUCACACCCAGAAUGUUGGGCAAAUUCACUAUUCAGAGGCACUCGUUGGGGAAUAAUAAAUAAUAACAUUGCUGAGUCAUGGAAUAGUUGGGUGAGAUCCGCGAGAUCAAUGCCAUUCGUUGGGAUGUUGGAUACCAUUAGAAGGCAAGUGAUGGUAAUGAUGAAUGAACGCCGCGAAAAGUCAGAGAUAAUGCACGGAAGGCUCUGUUCAAAACAGGAGAGCAAGUUGGCACUAUCGUACAUGGCAUCUCGACGGCUACAGUGCAGUUCAUCCUCUAGAACUGAAUUCGAGGUAACAUAUUGUAAUGAAAGAUACGCAGUCGAUUUGGAGGCGCGCAAAUGCUCUUGUCGAGAAUGCAUUGAAUGCUACAGAAAAACGUACCAGGAGCCAAUAAAUCCCGUACCGACGCAUGAUAUGGACGUGAUUGUUGAAAUUCAGGCGGACCAAAUUCACCCUCCUCCGUCGUCUGUCCAACCAGGCCGGCCAAAGAAGCGAAGGUUCGAGUCCCAGCAGGAUGUAUAUUUUUCAUGUACUGAGGCAUUUGAUGAUGUAGCUCUGUAG